AUGGAUUUCAUUGAAGGGCUGCCUAAGUCUAAAAACAAGGAUGUGAUACUAGUGGUGGUGGACAAAAUGACAAAGUAUGCCCACUCCAUGGCUCUAUCUCACCCCUAUACUGCUGCAACAAUAGCUGACUUGUUCUGGAAGAGAGUGCAUAGCCUUCAUGGCACACGUGAGUUCAUUGUUACAGACAGAGACAAGCUCUUCUUAAAAUGGUGGUACAACACCAACUUCCAUACCAGCUUGAGAUGCACUUCCUUUGAAGCCUUAUAUGGCUAUCCUCCACUGCACUUAUCCAUUGGCCCACUCCUUGAAACAAUAGUUCCAGCUGCUGAAGAUGUUGUCAAGAGGAGACAACAAAUGCAUCAAUUGCUUAAAGACAACCCGAGUAAGCCAUAUAGGCAGACUUCUAUUGCAUUAAGGAAGAAUGUGAAUCUUAGUUCUAAAUACUAUGUGCCUUACAAGGUGCUUGCUCGAAUUGGUCAAGUGGCUUACAAAUUGGAACUACCUCCAGAUUCUAAGGUACAACCUGUAUUCCAUGUAUCCCUGUUCAAAAGGAAGGUUGGCAAUAUGGUAGUCAUGCAAACUGUACUACCUAGCACUAGUGAGGAUGGAUAUUUUUUAGUAAAACCAGUGGCAAUCCUACAAAGACAGAUGGUGAAGAAAAACAAUGCAGUAGUUGUCAAAGUAUUAGUGCAAUGGUCCAAUCUACCACCGGAAGAUGCAACAUGGAAGGACUAUCACUUUAUCAGGCCACAAUUUCCUGACUUUGAUCCUCAUUCUUGA